AUGGCUGUAGACGUGUUAACACGUACAGUAGCGCCGAGAAUAGCCUCAGCUGUAGACCUGCUAACACGUGCAGUAGCGCCGAGCAUUACAACUGCUGUAAACUUGUUAACACGUAAAGUAGCGUCGAGAAUAACCACAGCUCUGGACCUGCUAACACGUGCAGUAACACUGAGAAUAACCUCAGCUGUAGACCUGCUAACACGUGCAGUAACACUGAGAAUAACCUCAGCUGUAGACCUGCUAACACGUGCAGUAGCGCCGAGCAUUACAACUGCUGUAAAAAUCUUAACACGUAAAGUAGCGAUGAGCAUAACCACAGCUGUAGACCUGUUAACACACGCAGUAGUGCCGAGCAUUACAACUGCUGUAAACUUGUUAACACGUAAAGUAUCGCCGAGCAUAACGACAGCUGUAAACCUGUUAACACGUAAAGUAGCACCGAACAUUACAACUGCUGUAAACCUGUUAAAACGUACAGUAGCACCGAGCAUUACAACUGCUGUAAACCUGUUAAAACGUACAGUAGCGCCGAGCAUUACAACUGCUGUAAAAAUCUUAACACGUAAAGUAGCGAUGAGCAUAACCACAGCUGUAGACCUGUUAACACAAGCAGUAGUGCCGAGCAUUACAACUGCUGUAAACUUGUUAACACGUAAAGUAUCGCCGAGCAUAACGACAGCUGUAAACCUGUUAACACGUAAAGUAGCACCGAGCAUUACAACUGCUGUAAACCUGUUAAAACGUACAGUAGCGCCGAGCAUUACAACUGCUGUAAAAAUCUUAACACGUAAAGUAGCGAUGAGCAUAACCACAGCUGUAGACCUGUUAACACAAGCAGUAGUGCCGAGUAUUACAACUGCUGUAAACUUGUUAACACGUAAAGUAUCGCCGAGCAUAACGACAGCUGUAAACCUGCUAACACGUGCAAUAGCUCCGAGCAUAACAACUGCUGUAAACUUGUUAACACGUAAAGUAGCGCCGAGCACAACCACAGCUGUAGAUCUGCUAUCACGUAAAGUAGCGAUGAGCACAACCACAGCUGUAGACCUGUUAACACAAGCAGUAGUGCCGAGUAUUACAACUGCUGUAAACUUGUUAACACGUAAAGUAUCGCCGAGCAUAACGACAGCUGUAAACCUGCUAACACGUGCAAUAGCUCCGAGCAUAACAACUGCUGUAAACUUGUUAACACGUAAAGUAGCGCCGAGCACAACCACAGCUGUAGAUCUGCUAUCACGUAAAGUAGCGAUGAGCACAACCACAGCUGUAGACCUGCUAACACAUGCAGAAGCACCGAGCAUUACAAAUGCUGUAAACUUGUUAACACGUAAAGUAGCGCCGAGCAAUACCACAGCUGUAGACCUGAUAACACGUAAAGUAGCGCCUAGCAUUACAACUGCUGUAAACCUGUUAAAACGUACAGUAGCGCCGAGCAUAACCACAGUUGUAGACCUGUUAACACGUACAGUAGUGUAG